AUGGGGCUGACUUUAUACGGCUUGUUGAUUGUAACUUCCGUGGUUCAGGCAAAUUCAUUCCAACACCUGGCAGAGAGAGCUCUCAGUGAUUCGUACGACUAUGUCAUCAUUGGCGGCGGAACUGCUGGCAUAACGCUGGCGUCAAGACUCAGUGCCGACAACUCUCCCAGUGACGACUAUGAAGCCGCUGUGAUGAUCCCUCGCUUCUACCCAGGGGCCUCUGGCUUUGCUCCGAACACCCGGUACGACUGGAACUUGACUUCAAUCUCGCAAAAGUUCCUAUCAGGGCAGACCAUCAACCUCACGCAGGGGCAUACAGUCGGUGGAAGCAGCACGGUUAAUGCGAUGAUUUUCGGUCGCGGAAUGCCUUCCAACUAUGACGCCUGGGCCGCUCUUGGAAACGAGGGCUGGGAUUUCGCGGGUCUGCUGCCUUACUUCAUGAAGGUGCGCUUGUAA